GGAGGCAACCAGAGCACCAAUCCAGUGCCGCCAGGUCUCUGUGUGCAAGCUCUUUGCCCUCCAGGGAGAUCCCUCCAAAAUCCACCGGCCGUCACAAUCCUCAGAGCAGGAGCAGAGCCAAGACAUCCCCUGGGGUGGUGGAGCCAGGGGUCAGGAUCUGGCCCGAUGAGCCCUAACCAAGAAAGCAGAGGCUGUGGGGAUGAAUUUAAAGCAAAAUCUGCACCAGUGUGCUGUUUGCAUGCAAAGAAAGUUAUAACCUGCCAGAAAGGUCUGGUAGACACGGGAGGAGAUGCAGGCAAAGGAAGACGGAUGCAUGGAGGAGAGAAGUCCAGGAAUUGUGGCCCAGAGGUCUCCGUCGGUGUCCAUGACAGCAACAUCCACGGGGCAGGUACCAGGUCCUUGCCCAUGCAAGGGGCGAUGAUGCUUUGGAACCACAGUGGGCACCAGAUGCUCGCAGAGAGGCCCCAGGGGAGAUCUGCUGCGUCGCAGAGGCUUAUGGCAGAGUUGCUCUCCCCACUGUGCGAGGGCUCGGCCCCAGGAAAGGUUGUGGGAGAUGCAAAAGAGAAGGCGCCAGUAGAAACCGCUCUUAAAAAGACUACAAAAGUUGAGGCGCCGGGGAGACAGACGCUGGAGGAACCUCAUGGUGGGGCCAGCAGCUGCCUCUGGCGGAGCCACAUCCCUCGGCACAUCCCGCCACCCACCAGUGCUCGAGCAAAAGCCAUGACACAGGGCGGCCACGGUGGCAUCAUCCCUGCACCCACAGCCAGUCUGCACUGCAUGAACCAUCCCUCCUCCAUGGUCCCACUGCUGUCCUGUGUCCGCCCGAGCCCUGCGCCUCUUUGGCCAGUCGUUGGGUGUACCAUGGAAGCACGCGGUUGGCACUAA